AUGAAGUCGGACGAGACUCCCAGCAUCGGCCAGGUGUCACUAGAGGUUGCAGGCCUGGGGACACUCAAGGGGAUUUCAUUAAACGGGAAAACAUGCCAAUAUCUUGGUAUACCGUAUGCUUCUGUUCCAGGCCGGUUUCGGCGCUCUAUUCCCGCGUCUGAGCCCUGGGAGAAUGGGAGCUGGGAUGGAACGAAGUUUGGGCCUUACAGUCCACAGCCGCCUCGGGACUUUUACCCAGUCCCCAAUGCUCCUCGCCCUUGGCUGGAUAUGCCUCAGGCCGACGAGUUCAAUUGUUUGAAUCUGAACAUUUCGGUUCCUCAUUUACCUAGUGAUUACGUGAAUAAUACACUGCCUGUUAUGGUUUUUAUCCAUGGCGGUGCAUUCACUUACUCCAUGAAUUCGUCACCCGUUUACGACUCGCGAAUUUUGGUGGAAUCCUCAGCCUCCAAAUUCGGCCGACCAACUAUUGUGGUUACAGUGAAUUACAGGCUAGGCGUUUAUGGAUUCCUCGCAGGCAAAGACCUCAAAACAUAUAAUAGUUCCCAUGGCGAAGCAGGCGUUGGAAACUAUGGUCUUUGGGACCAGGUGCUUGCUCUUCGUUGGGUUCAGAAGCACAUCUCUGCCUUUGGCGGUGACCCGAAACAGGUCACAUUGUUUGGGCAAAGUGCUGGCGCAGUAUCUGUCCAUGCUCACCUGCUCCGUGGAGAAACCUUAUUUUCCAGCGCAAUUCUUCAGUCCGGGCUUAUUCAACUCUGCGGGGUUCUAUCCAUUGACGAGUAUCAGGCCGUCUAUGAGAGGAUCUUACAAGCCCUAAAUAUUCCUCUCCACUUGAACCCUGAGGAGCGCAUUGGACGCCUUCUUGCUGCAGAUAGUUCAGCUUUAACGAAAGCCAUGGUUCCGGCAUUUAUUAUUCCGGUAGUCACAUCGCCUCUCUGUGAUGAUGGAGUUUUUGUGGAAGGCUCCAUACCUUCGUAUGAUGAGUAUAAUUUAUUCAGCGUACCCGAAUGGUGUCCUCGAGUGAUGAUCGGGGACGCAACAAACGAGUGUAUCAUUUGGAACAAGUCAUGGGAUAAUAUUUGCGAAUAUCCGCUUGCCCCUGGAGAGGAUUUAACAGUACCUACUGCAGCACUGACUUUAGCCAAGAUGGAGUCCUAUCUUGGUUUGACCAAGGCUCGGAUGCUUUCAGAGAUCUACGGCAUUACCUCCGAUACUAGCGAGAAGGAUCUUUUCAUGAAAAUUGAGAAAAUGACAACGCAUGGGCUAUUCUCUGCCCCAAUAUACUUUGCUCGGCAAGAGGCAAAAGGUGCUAUAUUUGCCUACCACUUCGACGUCCCCUCGCCGUUUAGAAAUGCAUGGGGCGGAAUGGCGCAUCAUUCAUUCGACAACGUGUUAAUAUGGGGCCUACUAGAACACGAGAUGCCACAGUCAUAUACAAGGGUGUCCGAGUCUAUGGCAGGGGCAUGGAUUAGAUUUGCAAGCGGAGAGGACCCAUGGGAGAGACUUUCAGAGUCUGGCAAAUACAAGGUGUUUGGCCUUGAGCAGACUAUUUUGACAAGCAAGGAUGAUGACUUAGAACGCGGGCAUCAGGUCUGGGACAAACUUCACGAAUUAGGACUUGUGGCAGAUCUAGCGAGGCUUAGUGAAGAGCUGUGUCUCAGAAGACGGGAACUCACUCAAGGUGUCUCGGUUUCCUCUGGAUAA